UCUAAACCGGAAAUCAGGUGAAGUCCAGCCGUCGCUGACCCUGCAGCAGGGUCCAGCCCGGAGCUUUCAGCCAUGGUCUUCGAGUCUCUUGUCAGCGACCUGCUCAACAGGUUCAUCGGAGACUACGUGGAGAAUCUGGACAAGUCCCAGCUCAAAAUCGGGAUCUGGGGAGGAAAUGUUGUUCUUGAGAACCUGAAGGUGAAGGAAAACGCUUUGAGUGAAUUUGAUGUUCCCUUCAAAGUCAAGGCCGGACAGAUUGGGAAACUGACGUUGAAGAUUCCCUGGAAGAACCUUUACAACGAUGCUGUGGUCGCCACUUUGGACGGGCUCUACCUGCUGGUUGUUCCUGGGGCCACUGGAUCUGAGCUGAAAACGUGUCCAUAUAACGCGAUAAAAUACGAUGCGGCAAAGGAGGAGCGUUACCAGCAGGAGGCAAAGCAGAGGGAGCUGCAACACAUCGAGGAGGCACUGCAGUUGGCUGCACGCAGAGAGAAACCUCAGGAGGAGAAGAAGGACACGUUUGUGGAGAAACUGGCCACACAGGUGAUCAAAAACCUGCAGGUGAAGAUCAGCAGCAUCCACCUGCGCUACGAGGAUGAUCUGUCAGACCCACAGCGCCCCCUGUCUAUGGGAGUAACACUGUCUGAGCUCAGCCUGCAGACCACUGAUGAGAACUGGAAGUCGUGUAUCCUGAACGAAGCAGCAAAGAUCAUCUAUAAGCUCGGUCGUCUGGAUUGUCUCUGCGCUUACUGGAACGUCAACAGCCCGAUUUUCUACAAAGGAUCAUGGGAGGACAUCGUGGAUCAGCUGAAGUGUGGGAUCAGCAGUAAAGACCAGCAGCUGCCUCAUUACCAGUACAUUUUCAGGCCGAUCUUCGCCUCGGCUAAAAUCUGCAUCAACCCAAAUGCUGAGCUGGAACUGAGAACUCCAAAAGUAAACCUUCACCUGGAGGUUCAGAACAUCGCCAUAGAGAUGACCAAACCACAGUACCUGACCAUGGUGGAGCUGCUGGAGUCCAUUGACUGCAUGGUGAAGAACGCCCCCUACAGGAAGUUCAGGCCUGAAGUUGCUGUGAAGGGAAACAGCAAACUCUGGUGGAGGUACAGCUUCAACAGCAUCCUGGAGGUCCACAUCAAGCGCUACAGCCACAUGUGGUCCUGGUCCUACAUCAGACAGCACAGGGAGAACCUGAAGGCCUACAAGACCGCCUACAAGACCAAACUGCUGAGCCAGAACAAGCCGAGCCAGGACACGGAGCGCCACGUCCAGGAUCUGGAGAAAGUUCUGGAUGUGUUCAACAUCACAUUGGCCCGACAGCAGGCCCAGAUGGAGGUGAUCAGAUCAGGACAGAAGGUGGUGGGAAAGAAGGCGGCAGGGGGGCAGAAGCAGGGAGGAGGAGGAGGUUUCUUCAGCAGCUUAUUUGGGAGGAAGGCUAAGAAGGAGGAGCCAGAGCGGGAGGAGAUCAAGGAGACAGAGAGUUCGGGGCUGGAUGAACUCAUGACGGCUGAGGAGAAGGAAAAACUCUACACUGCCAUCGGCUACAGCGGCAGCUCGCACAACCUGGCUUUACCCAAACAGUACGUAGCCGUGGUCAUCACCUUCCAGCUGUUAAGGACUUCGGUGACAGUCAGAGAGCAGCCUGACGUCCCAGAGAUCCUCAAGAUCCAGAUGCUGGACCUCAGCACCAAAAUAUCUCAGAGACCUGGAGCUCAGGCCGUCAGGGUGGAGGCGGCGCUGCAGCACUGGUAUGUUACAGGUUUUCAGCAGCAGGGGGUGGUACCUUCACUCAUCGCCUCAGUGGGAGACUCCUCCUCCUCUCUGCUCAGCGUUGUGUUUGAGUUAAACCCAGAGGAGAGCGCCGCCGACCAGCUGCUCAGAGUCCACUCUCAGCCCGUGGAGAUCAUCUACGACGCGCUGACCGUGAACAGCAUCGCUGAGUUCUUUCAGACGGGGAAAGGUGUGGACCUGGAGGUGCUGACCUCGGCCACGCUCUCCAAACUGGAGGAGAUCAAAGAGAAAACUGCCACAGGUUUGUCUCACAUCAUUGAGACCAGAAAGGUCCUGGACCUGAGGAUUGACCUGAAGCCAUCGUACAUGCUGGUACCGAGGUCCGGGUUCUACAGUGACAUGUCAGACCUGAUCAUCAUCGACUUCGGCAGCUUACAGUUGAACAGUGUUGAGCAGAGCAGUCUCAGUUCGUCUUCAUCCUCCUUCUCCUCUCUGGAGGAGAUUAUGGAUCGAGCCUAUGAGAGAUACAGUGUGGAGCUGAGACGGGUCCAGAUCCUCUACAGCAAGUCAGGUGAGGACUGGAAGUCUGCCCGGCUGCAGGGUUCAUCAGUCCAACACAUCCUCCACCCCAUGGACUUCACCGUGCACCUGGCUAAGUGCAUGGUAGAGAAGGACGCCAGGAUGCCCAGGUUCAAGGUGUCUGGUGAGCUGCCGCUGCUGCACGUUAAGAUCUCGGACCAGAAGAUCCAGAACGUUCUAGAGUUGGUUGACAGCAUCCCCCUGCCCAACGUGGGCUCUGCUGUCUCCACCCCCACAGAGAAGGCGCUGCCGUUGGCAGAGGCCAGACCGCGAGCGCUCAGCCUUCCCCCCGCCCUCCUUCACACCAUAGAAACAGAUUCAGAUGAAGAUGCCAGUGAGAAGUCAACAGAUGAAGAUCAUCAGCGCUCAGCUCUGGAGGAACUCACUGACGUUCACUUCAAGUUUGAAGUCAGAGAGGUGCUGCUGGAGCUGACCCGGCACGUGGACCAGGAGAAGACCAUCCUGUCCUUCAGCAUCUGUCAGCUGGGGGCUGAAGGGAAGAGGCGGAGCUUCGACCUGAGCGUCACCUCAUACCUGCGCAGUGUCACGCUCGACUACUGCGGAGAUGGCAGGAAUCUUCCUCUCCACCUGAUCAGCUCCUCGGGGCAGCACGGCUCCAACCUUCUGAAAGUGGAGUUCAUCAAGGCCGACCCCAGCGGUCCAAGCUUCCAGACUCUGUUCGACAGCACAGAGCAAACACUGAAGGUGGAGUUUUCCUCUCUGGACUUCCUGCUUCAUACCAAGGCUCUGCUGUCGACCGUCAGCUACCUGAACAGUGCCCUGCCACCGCAGUUCACCACCGCCCGAGACCGAGACACCAAGAAACAGGUGGAGAAGAUGGGACAGAGCCAGACAGCGUCUAAAGGAGCCAGAGACGGCGACGUCUUCAGCUUCAAACUGUUUGCCAUGUUGGGCUGUUUCCAUGUGGAAGUGUGCGAUGACCGCCGCAGCAUCGCCGACAUCAGAGUCCAAGGAAUCGACGCCUCGGUGACGGUGCAGGCGAAGGAGACGGAGGUGUUCGCUCGACUCAGAGACAUUGUGGUCACGGAUGUCAACCCCAGAACCAUCCACAGGAAGGCGGUGUCCAUCGUGGGUGAGGAGGUGUUCAGCUUCAAACUGUCCCUGUUUCCGGGGGCGACGGAGGGGGAGGGCUACAGCGACAUGUCCAAGGUGGACGGGAAGGUCACAAUGCGUCUGGGCUGCAUCCAGAUUGUCUACCUGCACAAGUUCCUCAUGUCACUGCUGAUGUUUGUCGAUAACUUCCAGACAGCUAAAGAAGCUCUGAGCGCCGCGACGGCUCAGGCGGCGGAGAAGGCGGCGUCCAGCGUGCGAGACUUUGCACAGAAGAGUUUCCGUCUGUCCAUGGACAUCAAGCUGAAGGCGCCGCUCAUCAUCAUCCCUCAGUCCUCCAUCUCCCAUAAUGCAGUGGUGGUGGAUCUUGGUCGGAUCACAGUGGGAAACAGCUUCUCCCUGCUGCCCAUCGAAGGUGUCUCUCUGCCGGCGGUGGUGGAGAAGAUGGAUUUGAAGCUGACGCAGCUGAAGCUUUCCAGGACCACCCUGAAGCCGGACUCUCCUCAGCCGGACAUAGAGAUCCUUCAGCCAAUCAACGUAGAGCUGCUGGUCACUCGGAACCUGGCUGCUUCCUGGUUCACCAAGAUCCCUGGAGUUCAUGUCCAGGGAGUCCUCCGGUCCCUCAAUAUGAGUCUGGGUGAGGAAGACCUCGGUGUGCUGAUGAAGAUCCUGGUGGAGAACAUUGGGGAGGGAAGCAAAGAGCACAGCAUGGAUGUCAAAAGACAGGUGGUUCAAGAGAAGACGGUGACUGAGCAACAGGUGGAGGUGGUGUCCCUACAGACAGGUGUGAUACCUCCCACCGACGGAGGUCUGACCGAAAACACCAUCAAUGUUCUUCUCAACUUCGAAAUCAAAGAGGUGUUGUUGACCCUGAAGAAACCCAGGGAGCAGAAGGAGUCACCUUUCUUGGUCUUUCAAGCUGCUCACCUGGGCAUCGACACCAAAGUCAGGAAGUACGACAUGUGUGCCACACUGUACAUCAACAAGAUCUCCAUGAAGUGCCUGGAGUUCAAAGACUCGAGUGGCGAGCCGCUGUGUCUCAUCAGCUCUUCGGUGGAGUCUGGAACUGAGCUACUCAAAGUGCAGUAUGUCAAGGCCGACCGCUCAGGGCCCACCUUCUCCACCACCUACAAGAACACGGAGCAGAUGAUGAACGUGACCUUCGCCUCUCUGGACUUGAUGCUCCACACUGAGGCUCUGCUCUCAGCCAUCAACUUCCUGUCAGCCGCCCUGUUGUCUGACAGCGUGUCGCCCACAGAGAGAGAAAUCAAACCGAGGACAGAGGACAAGACGGCGUCCGCCAAGUCCACUGCCCUGGUGUCGCCUGCAGACAGUGAGGUCAUUGACCUGAAGGUGAUGAUUACCCUGGGUGCCUUCAACGUUCUGGUGUGCGACCAGAGCUCCAACAUGGCUGACAUCAAGAUCCAAGGUCUUCAUGGCUCUUUACUGAUGCAGGGACCACAGAUGCAUAUGUCAGCCCGCCUACGAGACUUCAUCGUUCUCAAUGUUGAUCCCAAAAGCAUCCACAAGAAGGCCAUUUCCAUCGUGGGUGACGAGGUGUUCAACUUCACCAUGAGUCUGACUCCUAAUGCCACAGAGGGGGCAGGUUACGCCGACACUUCGAAGACUGACGGAAGAGUGAAGCUGACCGUGGGCUGCAUCCAGGUGGUUUACCUGCACAAGUUCGUCAUGUCUCUGCUGAACUUCACCAGCAACUUCCAGACAGCUAAAGAAGCUCUGAGUACUGCGACGGCUCAGGCGGCGGAGAAGGCGGCGUCCAGUGUUCGGGACUUUGCCCAGAAGAGUUUUCGUCUGUCCAUGGACGUAAAGCUGAAGGCUCCGCUCAUCAUCAUCCCCCAGUCCUCCACCUCCCGUGAUGCACUGGUGAUGGACCUGGGUCUGAUCACGGUGGGAAACAGCUUCUCCCUGCUGCCCGUCGACGGCUGCCCGCUGCCGGCCGUCAUCGACAACAUGGAUGUCCAACUGACGCAGCUCAAACUCGCGAGGACCUGUUUGGACCUGGACCCGGUGUCAGACGGACCCAACAGUGAGCUGCUGGAACCAGUCAACCUGCACCUGAACAUCAAGAGGAACCUGGCAGCUUCCUGGUACAAAAAGAUGGCCGCCGUGGAGAUUGAUGGGGAUCUGAAGCCCAUGAAGGUGGAGCUGAGUCAGGAGGACCUGAAGGUGCUGCUGAGAAUCCUGAUGGAGAAUCUGGGAGAGGCUGACAGGCAGGCACCCACCGCCCCGAGACAAGAGGCCAGUCUGCAGCUCCGGGCCUCCGGGGCCCCCCCACCAGGUGAUGCUGGGAAGUCGACUGUCAGCAGUAACGAGGAGGCGGAUGAAGCUCUGGAGUCCAUGAAGUUUAACUUUAACAUUGAGUCUCUUGGUCUGGUUCUGUACAGCAGUGACUCAAAGCAGCCGUUGGGCCUCCAGCACCAGGAGAACCUCAGACUGGGCGAGUUCACCCUCCACCUGCUGAAGGCUUCGGGGCGGAUCCUGGCCAGCGGCAGCAUAGAGGUGUCUGCCAUCCUGACAGCCUGCACGCUGGACGACCUGAGGACUGGCAUGGAGAGGGUGACGUCACGAAUGGUCGGGCGGAGAGACGGGGAGAGCUCGGAGCCGAUGAUCGAUGUGACGUAUAAACAGAGCGACAGAGAGCGGGAGGUGGUGGCUGUCCUGCAGAAGCUCUACCUCUGUGCCAGCAUAGAGUUUCUGAUGGCCGUCGCAGAUUUCUUCCUGCAGGCUCUGCCGCAGAGUUCAGUUCCGACCGGCGCCUCGGCUCAGAGCGACAGACUGCCGCCGAGGCAGAUCACCAAAGCCCGAGCUGAUCCCAAGACCGCCUCCAUGGCGAGGACUCGUCUCCGGGCGGUGGUGGUGGAUCCGGAGGUGGUGUUUGUUGCCAGCCUGAUGAAGGCCGAUGCCCCCGCCCUGGUGGCUUCGUUUCAGUGUGACUUCACCCUGCAGGCUGAGGACGGCGCGACCCAGAGCAUGAGAGCCAACGUGAGGGAGCUGAAAGUCCUUGCCUGUCCUUUCAUCCGAAACAAGGAGGACAAGGCCGUCACCACUGUAUUGAGACCCUGCUCGGUUGCCUUGGAAACCAAAACCCACCCCAACCAACCACUGCGCGGCUCUGUGACAGUGGAGGAAAUCAUUGUCAAGAUCUCUCCGUUCAUCCUCAACACAGUGAUGACGAUAACAGCCGCCAUGACGACAAAGCGGUCUGACGAGCUGAGUCAGCACUCAGACGCCGGUGUCGGGGACUUGUGGUCAGUCAUGAACAUCUACGACUGUAACUACUGGUUCCUGGGCGUGGACCAGGCCACCGAGGUCACCGAGAGCUUCAGAGAGCAGGACGGACGCAACGAGGGCGAGACCUUCGCUGCCGAGGUCAAGGUGGUCCAGGUGACUCUGGAGUCCGGUUUGGGCCACCGGACUACCCCUCUGCUGCUGGCCGAGUCUUCCUUCAAAGGAUCAGCCAAAAACUGGUCAUCUCUGCUGCAGCUGAGAGCCAACAUGACGCUGGAGGUGAACUACUUUAAUGAGAUCCAUGCGGUGUGGGAGCCUCUGAUCGAGCGAGUCGACCGCGGCAGCCGCAGAUGGAACCUGGAGCUCGAGAUGAAGACCAACCCGGUCCAGGACAAGAGUCCCGUUCAUGGAGACGACUUUGUAAUCCUUCCUGAGCCACGCACAGCGAUUAACAUCUGCUCCAAAGACACCAUGAACAUCACCAUCUCCCACUGCUGCCUCAACGUCUUCCACAACCUCAUCAAGGAGUUCUCCGAGGGCACAGCCUCCACCUUCGACCUCUCUCUGAAGGAGAAGGCCCCCUUCACCAUCAGGAACGCUCUGGGCAUCCCGCUCAUCGUGCAGCACAGUGCCAGCCUGAGGCCGGUGGGAUCGCCGGCACAAGGAAAACUGCACGAGCUGUGUGUGGAUCAGAGCAUGGACCUGGAGCACUCCAUGUUCGAACCGUCGUCCCGGGGGAAACUGUCCGCUCUGCAGCGCCAAGAGAGCUGCCUGUUCAACCUCACCAUCGUGCCCUCCGGAUACAGCGAAAUCUCCAACAUCGCAGUGGACAAACCAGGUCGCCGUCUCUACAACAUCCGCGGUCCGAUGCUGCAGGAGGCGGUCUCUGUGCUGCUGCAGAUCGACGCUGCCGAGGGCAACAAGGUCAUCACCGUCCGCUCUCCGCUACAGAUUAAGAAUCACUUCUCACUUCCAUUCACCAUCCUGAAGUACUGUCCAACGUCCAGGAGCCUGCAGCGCGUGGGACAGGCUGAACCUGAGACAGAGUUUCACGUCACCUUAGAAACAUACAGAUGUCAACUGUUUGUAUGUCCAACGGGUCCUCUGGACGGUCAGUACGGUCCGUCCUCCACCUGCGUGGCCUGGAAGGAGCAGGUGCACUGCAGCUCGGAGGUGCGUUCGGUUCUGCAGUGUCCCGCCACUGACAGCAACCUGCUGCCGCUGAUGGUCAGCACGCUGGCCGUCCCGGACGACCUGCGCCACAUCACCAGCCACGGAGAGGAGGAUUGGGACCCCGCCUACGUCAUCCACCUCCACCCUGUGGCCACGCUACGCAACCUACUGCCCUACACGGUUCGCUACAUGAUGGAGAACUCAGCAGACGUUUAUGAGCUUCAGGAAGGCGGAACAUCAAACCUCCUGAACGCUCGGCUCUCAGGUGAAAUUAUGUCGUUGGUGCUGAUCAGCUAUCAAGGCCGCGACUGGCACGGACACAUUCGCAUCACACAGGAAAUGCCGGAGUUCUUUGCCGCGUGUCUCACCUGCGACUUGGACACCAACAUGACAGUGGACGUGAGCGUCCACGUGACGAGGACGACGAGCCGCCUGCUGCUGUCGCUGUUCAGCCCGUACUGGAUCAUCAACAAGACGUCUCGUGUGCUGCAGUACAGAGCCGAGGACAUCAGCGUCAAACACCCGGCAGACUACCGAGACAUCAUUCUGUUCUCCUUCAGGAAGAAAACCCUGUUCAGCCAGAGCAAGCUCCAGCUGUGCGUCUCCACCAGCUCCUGGUCCGAUGGUUUCUCUCUGGACACCGUUGGAAGUUACGGCUGCGUUCGCUGUCCUGCCAGCAACAUGGACUUUCUGGUGGGCGUUAGCAUCCAGAUGAGCAGCUUUAACCUGACCAGGAUCGUCACCAUGAGUCCUUUCUACACUCUGGUUAACAAGUCGUCUUAUGAGCUGGAGGUGGGAGAGAUCACCGGCUCGGCGUCCACCAGGUGGCACUACAUCUCCUCCACCGAGUGCCUUCCUCUGUGGCCGGAGAACAGCUCUGGAAAGUUGUGUGUCCGUGUGGUCGGAUCAGAAUCCACCUCCAAGUUCUUCUUCUUUAACCGGCAGGACAGUGGCACCCUGCUGAGCCUCGACAUGUGUGGUGGGAUCAUCGUGGACGUCAACAUCUCCGAUCACUCCACUGUCAUCAGCUUCAGUGAUUAUUAUGAAGGAGCAGCUCCUGCCCUGCUGCUCAACCACACACCCUGGGUCAACAUCAGCUACAGACAGAGCGGCUCGGCGGUGGUCCACGAGAUGAAACCCGGCCAGGCGCGGCGGUUCGUGUGGGACGACCCGGCCGGCGUCCAAAUGCUCAGCUGGAGCUGCUUGGAGCACUCGGGACAGCUGGACCUGCUGAAGGACGAGGUCGGUCAGUUCUGCUACGACAACCUGUCGCAGGUCCACUGGGUGUCUUUCCUGGAUGGACGUCAGCGGGUGUUGCUGUUCACCGAGGACGUCGGCGUGGUGACGAAGGCUCGGCAGGCCGAGGAGCUCGAACAGUUUCAGCAGGAAGUGAAGGUGUCGCUGCAAAACCUGGGAGUGUCGCUGAUCAACAACACCAGCCGGCAGGAGAUUGCUUACAUCGGCAUCACCAGCUCAGGUGUUGUUUGGGAAAUGAAGCCGAAGAAUCGCUGGAAGCCGUUCAGUCAGAAAAACAUCAACCUGCUGGAGAAAACCUACCAGAGUCAGCUGAGCGGGAAGAUGGAGGGGGGCUGGGUCAAACUGGAGACCAACCUGGAGGUGAACCUCAGCGGUGCCACCAUGAUGAUGCGUCAGCCGUUUUCCUGCCAGGUGAGGAGGAACUUCCUGUCUGGGAUCCAGGUGGAGUUCAAACAGUCACUGCACCAACGGAGCCUGAGAGCUCAGCUUCACUGGCUGCAGGUGGACAACCAGCUGCCAGGUGCAAUCUUCCCCAUCGUCUUCCAUCCGGUUCCUCCUCCGAAAUCCAUCGCUCUGGAUUCAGAGCCGAAGCCGUUCAUUGACGUGUCCGUCAUCACCAGGUUCAACCAGCACAGCAACGUCAUGCAGUUCAAGUACUUCAUGGCUCUGGUUCAGGAGAUGGCAGUGAAGCUUGACCAAGGUUUUCUGGGAGCCAUCUUGGCUCUGUUCACGCCUGCCGCCGACCCCCAGCCCGACGGACAGAAGUCGCAGCUGAUAGAGAGAGAUCUGCAGCUGCUGCAGGCCGAGCUGAUGGAGGCGUCGCUCACCGACACAUCGGGACUCAGCUUCUUUGAACAUUUCCACAUUUCACCCAUCAAGCUCCACCUCAGUCUGUCUCUCGGUUCCAGCGGUGAGGACUCAGCUCAGGAGACGGCGGCUGUUCAGUCUCUAAACCUGCUGCUGAAAAGCAUCGGCGCCACGCUGACCGACGUCGACGACCUCAUCUUCAAACUCGCCUUCUUCGAGGUGAAAUACCAGUUUUAUCGCAGAGAGAAGCUGAUGUGGGCGGUGGUUCGACACUACAGCGAACAGUUCCUGAGGCAGAUGUAUGUUCUGGUUCUGGGUCUGGACGUCCUGGGAAACCCGUUUGGACUGAUCCGAGGUCUGUCUGAGGGAGUGGAGGCCUUCUUCUACGAACCUUUCCAGGGAGCCGUACAGGGGCCCGAGGAGUUCGCUGAAGGUUUUGCGAUCGGAGUCCGCAGCCUGCUGGGUCACACUGUCGGUGGAGCUGCAGGUAUGGUGUCCAGGAUCACAGGUUCAGUGGGUAAAGGUCUGGCUGCCAUCACCAUGGACAAAGAGUACCAACAGAAACGACGGGAGGAGAUGAACCGUCCCCCCAAAGACUUCGGAGAGAGUCUGGCUAAAGGAGGAAAAGGCCUGCUGAAGGGAGUCGUGGGUGGAGUUACAGGCAUCGUCACCAAACCUGUGGAGGGGGCUAAGAAGGAGGGGGCGGCCGGUUUCUUUAAAGGCAUCGGUAAAGGUCUGGUGGGCGUGGUUGCCCGGCCGACAGGCGGCAUCGUGGACAUGGCGAGCAGCACCUUCCAGGGCAUCCAGAGAGCGGCAGAGUCGACAGAGGAAGUGACCAAACUUCGUCCAGCGCGUCUGAUCAGGGAGGACGGGAUCAUCCGACCGUACGACCUGACGGAGUCACAGGGUUUUGACCUUUUCCAGCCGGAUGAGGAGUGAACAGGGUUUGAGUGGAUCAGCUUUAUCGUUCCAGUGCUUUUAAACUCUUUAUCCAUUCUUUCUCCAACAGAUGAAAUGUUUAUGAUUCAUUUCUACAUUCAUGUGUUAGUGUCAUUAUAGAGACAUGAAUCCAUGAAUUUUUCUAUGCAUGACAAACCCAGUUUUCUCUCAGAGCUCAGACGCUUCAGCUCUAAGUUUAUUACUUUUUUCUGCUUUUCAUUUCUGAAAUACUGAAUUAGUUUUUUAAAUUUCUGUUUCUAACAUUUAUAAAUAAUAGUUUGUAUAAUAGUUUCUGUUUAUAGCUGUUUAUAAUUUAUUCAUCCAAAUGAGAGGAACACACGGUGCAAAUGCUUUUGCUAUAACUCUGUAAUAAACACAUCUCCUGUAGAUCGUAGCAGUAUUUUUGUAAACGUCGUUGUGAUGAUGUUCUGUGUGUGCUUCAGUCUGAUGAUGUGCAUCACUGUCAGCAUGACCUCUGACCUCUAACUCUGUGCUGUUUAUGUUGACCUUUAACCCCGUGUGAGUGUUUGCUUUCUGUCACUGCUGCUGAGUGAAGCUCAGAACUAAUAAACAGCUGGAGAUGAAAGAAUACUUGAACUCAGUUCAGUGUGAAUGUUCAGCAGCUGAACUCAUUCACCUGUCACCCCGCCCCCCGCUCACCCCCCCACUCACCCCCCCCCCCCCCCCCGCUCACCUCAGAGCGGCUCCACAGAGCUCAGGUUUGCACGCUGUGCUUCAUCAUCUUCAUCACGUCAAGCCGACAGCCUUUUUCUUAUAAAGAUGACAGAAUUUAAUAAUAACUAAAAUAAUUAGCUUUAAUGUUACUGUACUGUUACUUCCUGCAGUUUGUUCUACUGAAGCAUCGGAGAUUGUUUGCAUCAUCACUGCUUCAUUUACCUUAACUUACCUGUACGUUCACUCAGGUCCUGAAAAAUCUUUUAUAUAAUUAUCAUCAAACCACUGAAGGAUUUUCACUGGUAGUUGAGCUGUUUAACUUGAUGAACUCCUGAUGUGGAGUGUGACAGGUUUCGUCCAGACUGAUGAUCUCAGUUCCACUCACUGUCUCCACCACGUGAUCCUGAUCCAUAAAAGCCAGACUGACUGCAGUGGCUCAGAGCUGCUGAGAGGUGGAGGUGUUUUCAGCUUAGUAGCAAAAACAGAUGAGUGAGGAGGAAGAGGUGGAGAGGAGAAAAGAAGGAGGACCAAAGGAGACAAACUGAGAUCAGAAGAAGAGAGAGAAGACGUGAAUGUGAUGGACAGAGACAGAUUAA